CAAACUUUAAAAGAACCAUAAGAGUUACAGAAGAGGGGGCAAGAAGAGAAAGGCCUCUGUGGGUACGCAAUGUCACCUGCGGAUGGUGAUGUCUCAGAAAGCCUCUCUGAUAUUGACGAUGCAGAGGUUGUUGGCUACCUUAACAGCAAGCAGGCGGCACUGUUUAAAAGAAUGAUUUGGGAAGCAAUGAACAAGGACUAUGAUAAGGAAAAGAGUAGAAAACGAGCUAGAAUGGCCAAGAAAGCUACUCGUGCUAAAAAGCCAGAAAAGGCUGUCAAAGUUUCUACUGUGAUGGAUACUAAGAAUAGGCUGAGUUCAAAAAUCAACUAUGAUGCUUUGGAUAAAUUAAAUGAAGAGCUUGGUUAUGCACCUGCAUUUCAAGAAGGCACAAAGUCUAAUUGUGGCAAUCCAGGUGAUAUGCAACUGUUAAAUGAGAAGAACAAUUUUGAAGGCAGUCAUGAUGAUGAUUUUGAGCAUGAAAGUAAUGAAUACAGUGAAGAGGUUGAAGCCAGACAAGGCCAUGAUGAUGAUACAUAUGUUGCAAAUGACCAAUAUAAUGGAUGCAACUAUGAUGACGAAUACAAUUAUGAUGAGGAAUGCGAUUUUGACGAAUUAUGACUCAAAUAAAAAAUGAUUCAGUUGUAUCAUGUCGCGGUCAAAAGGUUAAGCAAUUAAAUCUUCUUGUUUUUGAUAACUUUUUUGAUUGGUAUCAGUCUGAGGAGAGAUGCAAUUGAGCGUUGCUUGCAUGUCAAACUAUGUGAACUAUAACCAUGAGCACAAAUUUGUAAAUUGAAACAUUGAAUGGUUGGUUCCAA